AUGCCAUGCUGCCAUGAUGCCAUGCUGCCAGGCUGCCAGGCUGCAGGAGUAGCCAGCCCCUCCAACCCUCCAAUCUCCCAAGCCUCCAACCCUCCAAUCUCCCAAGCCUCCAAUCUCCCACGCCUCCAAUCCAUCAAGACUCUAACCCUCCAAUCUCCCAAGCCUCCAAUCUCCCAAGCCUUCAAUCCAUCAAGCCUCCAACCCUCCAAUCCCCCAAACCCCCAGCCCUCCAAUCCCUCAAGCCUCCAAUCCAUCAAGCCUCCAGCCCUCCAAUCCCUCAAGCCUCCAAUCCUCCAAGUCUCCAAUCUCCCAAGCCUCCAGCCCUCCAAUCCCCCAAUGCUCCAAUCCCCCAAGCCUCCAAUCCAUCAAGCCUCCAACCCUCCAAGCCCCCAGCCCUCCAAUCCCUCAAGCCUCCAAUCUUCCAAGCCUCCAAUCUCCCAAGCCCCCAGCCCUCCAAUCCCUCAAGCCUCCAAUCCCUCAAGCCUCCAAUCCUCCAAGCCUCCAAUCUCCCAAGCCUCCAGCCCUCCAAUCCCUCAAGCCUCCAACCCUCCAUUCUCCCAAGCCUCCAACCCUCCAAUCUCCCAAGCCUCCAACCCUCCAAUCCCCCAAGCCUCCAGCCCUCCAAUCCCUCAAGCCUCCAAUCCCCCAAGCAUCCAAUCUCCCAAGCCUCCAGCCCUCCAAUCCCCCAUCCUCCAAUCCCCCAAGCCUCCAAUCUUCCAAGCCUCCAAGCCCUCCAAUCCCUCAAGCCUCCAAUCUCCCAAACCUCCAAUAUCCCAAGCCUCUAACCCUCCAAUCUCCGAAGCCUCCAAUCCCUCAAGCAUCCAGCCCUCCAAUCCCAUGUCAUGGCAGACAUUCAAAUUCAUGGAGACAUAUUUAUGUUAA